AUGCGUAGACGUCGGACCGGUUUCGGAGGUACGCUGUGCGUAUGCGCGCGCGUCAUUCUGCGCAGUUCGCGAGGGGUCCGAGGCGCCUGGUCGUCGGCGGCCGCAAAGGUGGGUAGACACGCUUCGAUCGCGAUACCCUGCGCAGUGGCGGUGUUCCAGCACGGCGGCCGCUUCUUGGCAAUCGACGCCAAUUGCUACCACGCAGCAGGUCGGCUGGAGGAGCACGGCGGCGACAUAGAGGACGUGAACGGAGAGCCGUGCAUCCGCUGCCCGAUGCACAAGUACAUAAUCUCGCUGUCGAGCGGCCACUCCUUCUACGAGGCGGUGGAGGUCAUCCGGCAGCCGGGCGGCCCGCCGAGCUUCCGUUCGCUGGGCUUCAAAUCCAAGGGCGUGAAGCAGCGGUGCCACCAUGCCAGGGUGGAGGGCAACAGGCUGCUAAUCCGGAUCACACGGGACGGUGAGGUGGAAUCCGACCGCUACGCUUACGUCUGA